GCGUGCAAUAAUGAUUCAAAGUUAACCACAAGUCAUGUUGAGCCAUGUACAUCUACCUAAAACACCUUCAGCAGGCUCGUCAAAUGUAGCAUAUUCAGCAGCAGCAUUCAUCUUACAAUGUUGCACUGGUGGACAGCACAUGUAUUUUUUCAGAGCAGCGUGAUGUCUGUUCGGGAUGCCUGGUGCAGUUGUCUGACACAUUCUACCACAAACCACAGUGCAGAUGGUUAAAGUAGACUUCAACAGCAACAUCCUCUUUUUUUACCUGCUGUUUGUCUGUUAGCUGCUGUAUAUGUCACAGCAGUAGGAUUGGAAAUCUUUGUCUACCUUUCGAAAAUGCUGGACGAGUCUAUUUCCAACUGUGAAAAGACUCCAUGGACAAGAGCUAGACGAUGGUUCUGUGUUUUGAUGCUAUUCCUCAUGAUGGGAACUUUAAUGUUAAUCUUCUACAGUUCAAGCUUUCAAGACUGGUCUUUGACCCUUUCGACAUUAAGGCCAAGCCGAUAUUACAACAUAAUGGAAGUUAGCAGUGUCGCACCAGCUGUCCCUACAGCCUCAGAAUACUUUGUGGCAUACCCACAACACUACCAUUUCAUACUGGAUGAACCCAAUAGAUGUCAGCAAGAAAGACCAUUCUUGGUUCUUUUGAUCCCAGUCGCACCCCAAAACAGAGAGGCCCGUGACACAAUCCGCAACACAUGGGGCAAAGAAACAACAGUGCUGGGCCAAGUGGUCAGGCACUACUUUCUGCUUGGACUAUCCAAAGAGGAAGAUGGGUCAGAGCCCCUUAAGGAGCAAGUGUUACAGGAAAGCCAGAAACAUCAUGAUAUUCUCCAGAGUAACUUCUUGGACAGCUACAAUAACCUGACCAUUAAAACCAUGGUCAUGUUUGAAUGGCUCACCUCCCAUUGCCCCAACACUUCCUAUGCCAUGAAGAUCGACUCUGACAUGUUCCUUAAUGUCCACAGACUUGUUGACAUACUUUUGAAAGCCCCCCGACAUCUCUACAUGACGGGAAUGGUGGCAAGGGGUGCUGCUGUUCUUAGAGACCACAACUCCAAGUGGUUUCUACCUGUUUCUGCCUUUGCUGAGUCGGUGUACCCACCGUAUGUCCUGGGACUAGGCUAUGUGUUCUCGCUGGAUUUACCCAAGAGGAUACUGGAGGCAUCUGAACAUGUUAAAGCUGUUUACAUUGAAGAUGUGUACGUGGGACUGUGUAUGAGACAUUUGGGAAUUGCAGUGACAGAUCCUCCUCAUGGUGGUUUGUUCAAGGCAUUUGCGCCUUAUUUCACAUAUAACUGUUAUUGGACCUCUGUCAUUACAACAAUAUUACAGAACUCUAAGCAGCUUUCAGAUGUAUGGGAAACAUAUCAGACUCAAAACAAGUCUUGUUUCUAGUGUUACUGUCUCAAUCUUGGUUGAUACCGCAACAGAGAUUGUGAAACAGGUACCCAUUUUAAAGUUAAGCUAAAUGUAUGCCUAUACUAUGUGUUUCCAAAGAUUGCACAGAUGAUUGUAAAGACGAAAAUAAUUCAAAGAUUUUCGGACUGAGACCAUUGUUUAAAAUCGGUCUUGUGGCCUUGUGGUUUAAAUGCCUGGCAAACGAGAAUGAGUUGGCAGGAUGAUAAUAAAUAACCACAGCAAGUAAGCAGUUACCCACAGUCAAGCGAUGGAGUUGUCUGCACUUCAAGCUCCUGUCAUCAGCUUCUAAAUUACAAUUUCCCUAUUUGGGAUGAAUAAAGUAAUUUUUCUUCUUCUUGAAAAUACUACUUCCAAGGUAACUUUAAUAGCAGGAAGCCAAAUGAUGAUUUAUCUACAAGGAUAAGACAAGCACAAAAUGUGAAAGACUGACAUUCACUGCAGAAAGAAGAGGAAGCUGUACACUAAUGCUGCUUAAAAGUGUAUUUAAAUGCACACAAGCACACAGUGGGCUGCAAAUAAAUUGUUGUAGUUACUGAAAUGCAAAUAUUGCAAGUAUUCAAUGUCCCCAGAAGAUUAAUCCUAAUAACUCAGGUGAGGUUUUUACUUUUGAUGCCACCAGCACUGUUUUUAUUUAUCCAGGGAAAUAUCUAUUUAUCUAUAUCUACUUAAUGGAUGUGCACCAAAGUUGGUACAGAUAUUCAUUGUUCCGAUUGUCCAGUACUGUUUCUUUACUCUUACAGCUGUAUGAGUGGAAAAACAUAGACGUGUUGAAUUUUUAUUGUGAUUCACCAAUGUAAAGCAACAGUGCGUGCAGAAUGUGGGCUAAUUUUAGCAUGCUGCAGCAGGUUAUGAGGCAUGCUGACCAUAGUGUAGCAGAGCAGAGUUUGAUCGCAUUCUGUUGAGGCUGAACCCUUCUCUGAGAAGUUCUGUCUCAAAAUUCUACUUAAUUAAUAAAAUAAUUGAUCAACAGAAAAUGUAUUGCCAUCUAUCGCACUGAAAUUUGAAAUUGAAAUCUAUGGAUGGAUUUCUGUGAAAUUCUCCACAGAUAUUUAUGGUUAUCUACAAGAGUGUAGGCAAUCUGGUACAUUCUGUUUUUUAUUCAAUGCUCAUACAUCUGUCUGUUUAUAGGCUGUUUUUGUUAUUUGACCUAUCCGUGUCUUCUUUUUGCCUAUAACAUAUAGAAUGUAGUAGGCCUACAUCACUGAAACUGUGACUUGUUUUCUUAACCCGUAUUGCACAGCCUAAAAUGUGACGUGUGUGGAGGUUUGAUGUGGUAAUUCCCUGCUUAUUGCAUGUCAGAUGUCAUGACAUAAAGCGAGCAGGUUGUUGCAGUUAUAAAUGUGUCUUUGCAACAGGAUUACCAGCCUAGUAAUCCUAAAGUAUAGUACAACUGCCAAUUUAUGUACAAUUUUAAUUUUGACAAUGAAUAUGUUAAUUAAAGCUGUAUGUAAUGUAA